AUGUACAGCGAGGCCAGCUUUUCUUCCACGUCGCUGGGAUCGGUAUCACGCGGCGAGAAGGUGGAGUUCCUGGCGCGUGACGGCAUCUGGUGGAAGGUGCGCUACCAGGGCAAGGAAGGCUGGAUGAACCGCAUCGUGAUUGAAAAAAUCGACAAUCCGGCCCCACCUCCACCUCCGGCAACAACAGCCGCAGUAUCGGCAGCAACACCCGCACCGGCGCCCGUCGCCGCACAGGUUUCGGCGGCACCUGCUGCGCCAUCACCAUCCGCGCCCAAUUUUUUAAGCGCACUGCAGGCGCUCAUCGCACCCGCACCUGAGGCCCCACCCCUCACCAACACCGGGCAUGCCGUGGUGUUCGGCAUCUCGCAAUACGCACCCAAUACCGGCAUACGCGACCUCAAGGGUGUGCCGCGCGACAUGGACAGCGCCGUCGCCAUGGCUCAGCUGAUGGGCAUAUCGCAGGACAGGGUCAGCAUCUACCGUGACAGGCAGGUCACCAAGGCAGCGAUGAGCGCCACGCUUGCGCAGCUCGCCAAGGACAUCAAGCCCGAUGAACCCGUUCUCAUCUACUACAGCGGCCAUGGCGGCCGCACGGCGGACCCCGCCAAACCCGGCAGUUGCCUGGAAGGCCUGAUCACCUACGACCAGGCCCUGUUCAGCAGCGCCGAAAUGGCAGAACUGCUGCGCCCCCUGUCCCGCAUCACUGACAACCUGUUUGUAUUUUUCGACGCCUGCCACUCCGGCGGCCUCACAGCCACGCGCGCUGUCGGCGGCCAGCAGCGGUUUACGCCCAAAUUUGUGGCGCGUGCCGAUGGUUCCAACUGCGCCGAGGUCGCCAACAUGCUGCGCACCCCGCCCGGCGGCACACGCGCAGUCGGCAACAAGUACAUCUACGCCGCUGCUGCCCGCUUCAACGAGGUAUCACUUGACGACGAGCAAAGCGGCGGGCUGGCCACGUCCAGCUUUCUGCGCUGCAUGGCCACCGGCCGGGGCCGAUCACAGACGGUUGAUGAACUCCGCGCCUGUGCGCAGGAAGGCAUCAACCUUGCGCUGGCAGGCAACACCCAGUUCAAGCCGCACAACAUGACCAUCACUGGCGACCUGAGCUACCGGCCUGUCAAAGGCGACCUCAGCGCCGCGUUCAAGGAACAGCUGCUUAGCAGCGCUGCCCAGGGCACGCUGGCCAACCGCCCGGCUGCCGCCAAGUCGGCCUACCUCAGCAGCGCGUUGACAACGCAGGGCUGGCCGCAGGUCUACAACCCCCAGCAGGCCUUUGACGCCAUUGCAGAGCGCAGCGACAAGGCCCUGCCCUUGCUGGUGGAGGCGCCCUCCACCCUGAAGAUUGACAGGGAGAACCUGCAGAUGAAGGUGCAGGCCCCGGCGGACGGCUACAUCUACGUUUUCCAGGCGACCGGUGACGGCAAGAAUGCGGUCAUGCUGUUCCCCAACACCAGCGACCGCGACAACCGCGUCAGCACCGGGCAAUCACUGAACCUGCCGCGCCAGAGCUGGCCUUUGGUGGCUGGCGGCCCCGAAGGCGACAACCGGCUGAUGGUGAUCUUUUCAAGAAACCAGCGCGACAUAGGCCAGCUGGUCGGGCAGGAGGCGGGGCCCUUCCUGGAUCUGGCCGUCUCGCCCAUAGGCAUGCAGGCGCUGGCGCUGGCAGUCAGCCGCUCUGCCCACGCAGAAGAAGCAGAUUGCAUGGCCAGUGGCAAUGCCGGAAACCGGCCCGCGUAUUGCACACCAGGUUUCUCGGCCACCGUUAAAACCAUACGCGAAACACGCUAG